GGUGUUUCUUGGACGGCAGGCAGCCCUUUAAGAGCUCUGCCCCAGACCCAUCGCUUGCUCGCCUGCCUGCCUGCCUGCCUGCCUGCUCUUUUGCUGCCCGUCGGAAGUACGCUCCAACUGCUUGCCCACCUGCCAGCUUGCUCGUUGCCAGAGGUUUCCUGUGAUUGCUCACCGUUUCCCCGCUAACUGGCGUCUCCCACCUGCCCACCAUCAGUUAUCUUCGACUGCCUGCCUGCCAGCUUACCAGCUAUCAGAAGUCGGCUGCCCCCAUCCACCCGCUGCCAACUUCCUUGCUGUCGGAGGGUGACUGUGAUCGCCUGCCUGCCCGUCGAAGGUUUGCUACAAUUGCCCGCCGGCCAGCUUGCUUGCCAUUAGAGCUCGGCUGCGAUUGCCCACCCGCUUGCCAGGCAUCUGACGGUUGUAAUAGCUUUGUAAUAGCUUACCAAGCAGCGUGAGGCUCAUCGGAGGUGAGAACCGGCCUGGCAUUGGCAUUGGCAUCCCCACCAUGGAGCAGCCUUCGGAGCUGGGGGAGCUGUACUACUACUACGAGGAGGAGGAGGAGGCCUCGGGGGCCAACUGGAGCAGCCUGCCAGGCCACCCGGAGCCCUGCGCCUGGGAGGUGGAGGCCGCCGAGACAGACUGGGAGGUCUCCUUUGCCCUCCUGCCGGCCCUCUACCUGCUGGUCUUUGUGCUGGGCCUGGCAGGCAAUGGCUUGGUGCUCCUGACCGUCUGGCGGGGCCCCGCAGGCAAGCGCCGCUCGGCCGACACCUACCUGGGCCACCUGGCGCUGGCCGACCUGGCCUUCGUGGUGACCCUGCCCCUCUGGGCGGCCUACACAGCCCUGCGCUUCCACUGGCCAUUCGGCACGGCCCUCUGCAAGCUCAGCAGCUACCUGGUCCUGCUCAACAUGUUUGCCUCGGCCUUCUGCCUGGGCUGCCUCAGCUUCGAGCGCUACCUGGCCAUCGUCCAUGCGUUGCCCCAUUCAGCCGGGCGUGGCGGGGUGGGCGCUGGCUCCUCAUCCUCCCGGCCCCGCCUGGGUACCCUCCUCUCUCUGGUCGGCGUGUGGCUGAUGGCGGGCCUCUUGGCCUUGCCGGCUUUGCUUCUCCGCGACACACGCGUCAGCCGACGGCACUACGAUGACAGGCACUACGACGACUUUGGUGGCAACACCUCCGUGGGCACGGUGGUGGUGGUGGAGUGCGACAUGGACUUCAGCGCCUUGGCAUCCAGUCCUGAGGAAGAGGUCUACUGGCUGGCGGGCCUCAGCUUGGCCACCACGGCUCUGGGCUUUGCAGCCCCACUGCUGCUCAUGACCCUCUGCUACUGCAGCAUUGGGGCCGCUGUCCGGCGCCACUUCCGCCCACGGGCCCCCCGGCAACGGGAUGAGGGGCGCCAGCGCCGACGCCUGCUGCGCAUCCUGGUGGCCCUGGUGGCGGUCUUUGCUGGCUGCUGGCUGCCCUUCCACCUGCUCAAGAGCCUCUACGUCUUGGCCUGGGUGGGCAUCCUGGAGCUGCCUUGCCCUGGGCGGGCACUCAUCUUACGCCUCCACCCCUAUGCCACCUGCCUGGCCUACCUCAACAGCUGCCUCAACCCCUUCCUCUACGCCUUCUUCGAUGGACGCUUCCGUGCCCAGUGCCGGCGUCUGCUCGGUCUCCGCCAGGCCCGGCGUCGAGGUGGGAGUGGCAGCGGCGCCGGCCAGGCCGCGGGCUCCAUCUCCUCCACCCUCAGCGGGCAGACCCAGAAGUCUGAGGCCCCCUCCCUGGGCACCAAGGUCUGAGGGUGCUCCUGGGAGAGCAGGCCCACGCCACGCCCCGCUGAGGCCUGCCCUGCCCUGCCUGUUGCCCUGACCUGGGCAUCUUUGGGGCACUCCUUCCCCAUUCCUCUUUAGCCAGGUACCCACAUUCCUUGGCACUCCAUUUUACGUUUCUUUGCAAUGGCGUCUUCUUCAUCUGCACCUUCCGACUUCACAGAUGGACCCAUGGCAGCUGAUGCGGGCAUGGCAACAGACAUUGACAUGAUGUUAACAACUUCCAAGAGGAUUCUUAUAUAGUAUGGUGCCAGGAUGGUUGUCUGGAGCACAUAAGGACAUUUCUAAUGUACGGCAGAAAGGUGAACAACAAGGAGGGGAUCUUUUUGCCUGUCUGGUCGACGUGGGUUGGCAUUUUCCUGGCACGCUCUCUCUGCUCUUCUUGGAGCCCUCCCCUGGCCCUUGGUUGGGCACCUGCAUCCCUUUUGGGCGGGUCCCUUUGGCGGUGGCCCCUUGGACAUCCAUGAAAAGACUCAGGACAAAAGAAGGAAACACGAUUCUUCCACCAAGUGCUUAACUUUUGCAUGUUGAUUUCCUGAUUUUGGGCAGAUGGGGCAGCUGAAAGCUGCUUUGGGUUUCAAUAGUCAAUGGAAGGAAGGAAGAGCUGGAAUGGGUGGGAUGUUGCCCUGGGUUUCUCCGCUGCUUCCUUCCGCCUGUGCCCAUCUCUCUUGGUGGCACCAGUCCACCUCUGCGUGGUUCACCCACUGAGAGUGGCAGAAGGGCCAAGUGCAAGGACUUGGGCUCUUGUGAGAUUGCUGGACUCCAGAAACCUGGCAGAUGAUUUGCUCGGUGCCGUCUCGUCUGUUAGGCAACUGCACCACCUGCCGGCACAGCAGGCGUAGCGCACCGAAAGGAUGCCAGGCUUUGCGCCUGCGAAGAAAACAGCUUCCCCUCCCCCCAAAGAGGCCUCUGCUUUUGGAAGCUAAGCAGGGCUGGGGUGGUUCACCUUGGGAUGGGAGGCCUCCAGGUAAGGCUGAAAGCCCUGGGUGCCAGUCCCAGUUGGCAAUACUGGGUUAAAUGGGUCUGACUGAGCGUUCCAUAGCCUUCCUCUUGUCUGUGGACUGUAGCUCUCACUGCAGUCUGGCAGCACCGAAGUCUGCGACUGUUGGGGAAGAGAAGAGGGCACCCUCCCUUUCUUAGCCAGGUUUAGGCCUGGACCCUUUGUAGUCAUUGUUGUCGGGUCUCUGAGCAUGCACAGAGUGUGUUUCCCCUAACAAACUUAACCUGCACCAAAAAGGAAAGGAAAAGAUUUUCUGGCAGGACAAAAAUGUGAAGGUGCUUUUGAACCCAAGACCAGAGGCGGACAUUUGGGCUUGAGGUUGACCCCUCUUGUUUCUCAAAAGUGCAAAAGGAAUGAUUCUCAAUGAGGAAAAGCAAUUGGGGGCAUGGGGACGGGGGACGAGGACACAUAUUUUUAGCACCAGGCUUUGACUCAACAGCCAAUAAAAAUAUUUCCAAUAA